AGUUUCCAACUAGUUUGCCAUCAUCCAAACCAAAAUAAGAAAACUCGUACUCAAACUUAUUAGUGCCUCCUACACAAAUCAAUUUUGGUUUAUCAUUCCCAGGCAGAAGAAGAAACCAACAUGGCACAAAGCAUUAAUAGUCUUUGGUACUUUGAUAGGUCUUCAAAGUCAUCAUCCAACAUCCUUUCCUUCCACUCCACUGCUGAAUGGAAUGCUCAUUUCAAAGCCACCAAAGAUACUAACAAGCUGAUGGUACUUGAUUUCACAGCUACAUGGUGUGGACCUUGCAAACUAAUGGACCCAGUUAUCCAAGAGUUUGCUGCAAAAUUCACAGAUGUUGAGUUCAUCAAGAUUGAUGUGGAGGAGUUAAUGGAAGUGUCUCAACCACUUCAAGUCCACCAAUUGCCAACAUUCAUACUCGUUAAGAAAGGUAAAGUCACUGAUAGAGUGGUGGGAGUAAGAAAGGAGGAGCUGAAAAGAUCGAUUGAGAAGCACAGAAAAUAGAUGAAUGAUCAUGCAAUUUAAUAAAAUCAGAAAGGCUCAGCAGCACAUUCUGCCUUGACCAAUUCAAGAGAAAAAGAAACUACCAACAACACGGAUUGCAAUAAGUUGGUGUCAUCAUUUUCUUCCAAAGAAGAAAAAUAUGACAUUCUUUACCAUUACAAGUUACAAUGUAAAAUUUCACAUGUACAAGUUGCCCAUGUUUCACAUACAAGGGCAUCCAUUAACAUCUAUCAAUAUUACUGCCUUCUUUUGGUUUAUUUGA